CCAAUGGGUAUAAAGCCAUCACUGGAUGCAACUGAAGAACAUUCAGAAGCAAAACGAGAAGAUGGAGGCAUUGGGAUUCCUGGUGCUAUGCAGUGCGAUGUUCUCACAUUGUGUUCAAGCUCAAGACUCCUGUCGAUACAACUGCGGAAACCACCUGGGAAGCUGUUCCUGCGACUACUCCUGUCAAUACAAUGGCAACUGUUGCUUUGACUACUACUCUCAGUGUUCAUACACUCCAAUUACACCAGAUGUUCCUACAGCUCAAGACUCCUGUCGCUACAACUGUGGGAACCACCUAGGAAGAUGUUCCUGUGACUACUCCUGUGAAUCCUAUGGCAACUGUUGCGAUGACUACUACUAUCAAUGUAUAUCCCCUACAGCAGACCCACCCUUUCAUACACCAGAUGUUACUACAGCUCAAGAAUCCUGUCGCCACAACUGUGGCUACAACCUGGGAAGCUGUUCCUGCGAGUACUACUGUCAAUCAUACGGCAACUGUUGCUAUGACUACAACUCUCAGUGUCCAUACACUACAAUUACACCAGAUGUUACUACAGCUCAAGACUCCUGUCGCUACAACUGUGGGAACCACCUAGGAAGUUGUUCCUGUCACUACUCCUGUGAAUCCUAUGGCAACUGUUGUGAUGACUACUACUAUCAAUGUAUAUCCCCUACAGCAGACCCACCCUUUCAUACACCAGAUGUUACUACAGCUCAAGAAUCCUGUCGCCACAACUGUGGCUACAACCUGGGAAGCUGUUCCUGCGAGUACUACUGUCAGUCAUAUGGCAACUGCUGCUAUGACUACAACUCUCAGUGUCCAUACACUACGAUUACAGAAGAGGUUAUUACAGCUCAAGACUCCUGUAGCUACAACUGUGGGAACCACCUGGGAAGCUGUUCUUGCGACUACUCCUGUCAAUACUACGGCAACUGUUGCUAUGACUACUACUAUCAAUGUGUAUCCCCUUCACCAGGCCCAACCUUUGAUACUACAGUUAAUAACUGUGGUGGGUGGCUGUACUCUACUGAGGGGUAUAUUACCAGCCCCAACUACCCACAACAGUAUCCUAACAACAUGAAUUGUGUGUGGGUCAUCAGUCCAGGCUAUGAAGUUAUAGAACUGGAGUUCCUCCAUGUUGAAUUAGAGGGGUCAGACUGCAGAUUUGAUGGCAUCCAGGUCUAUGAUGGCCCCAGUAUUAACCAAAGGCAGCUUGGCAGAUUGUGUGGUAAUCAGAGGUCUACUUUCCACUCCACUGGUAAGACUCUGACCGUACGCUUCACCACUGACGGUAGCCAGACAUACCAAGGAUUUCGGGCCGAAUACAGAGUUGUGGCGGACGGUUCCUGCAGAUAUAACUGUGGCUAUUUGGUCGGAAACUGUUCCUGCGACUACUCCUGUGAAUCCUAUGGCAACUGUUGCUAUGACUAUCUAUCCCAGUGUAUGGGCACUACAGCAUACCCACCAGAUGUUACUACAGCUCAAGAAUCCUGUCGCUAUAACUGUGGGAACCACCUGGGAAGCUGUUCUUGCGACUACUCCUGUCAAUACUACGGCAACUGUUGCUAUGACUACAACUCUCAGUGUUCACACACUACAUUUACACCAGAUGUUACUACAGCUCAAGAAUCCUGUCGCUACAACUGUGGGAACCACCUGGGAAGCUGUUCUUGCGACUACUCCUGUCAAUACUACGGCAACUGUUGCUAUGACUACUACUCUCAGUGUUACGAUACAAGUACAACAGAUGUUCCUACAGUUAAUAACUGUGGUUGGUGGCUGUACUCUACUGAGGGGUAUAUUACCAGCCCCAACUACCCACAACAGUAUCCUAACAACAUGGAUUGUGUGUGGGUCAUCAGUCCAGGCUAUGAAGUUAUAGAACUGGAGUUCCUCCAUGUUGAAUUAGAGGGGUCAGACUGCAGAUUUGAUGGCAUCCAGGUCUAUGAUGGCCCCAGUAUUAACCAAAGGCAGCUUGGCAGAUUGUGUGGUAAUCAGAGGUCUACUUUCCACUCCACUGGUAAGACUCUGACCGUACGCUUCACCACUGACAGUAGCCAGACAUACCAAGGAUUUCGGGCCGAAUACAGAGUUGUGGCGGACGGUUCCUGCAGAUAUAACUGUGGCUAUUUGGUCGGAAACUGUUCCUGCGACUACUCCUGUGAAUCCUAUGGCAACUGUUGCUAUGACUAUCUAUCCCAGUGUAUGGGCACUACAGCAUACCCACCAGAUGUUACUACAGCUCAAGAAUCCUGUCGCUAUAACUGUGGGAACCACCUGGGAAGCUGUUCUUGCGACUACUCCUGUCAAUACUACGGCAACUGUUGCUAUGACUACAACUCUCAGUGUUCAUACAAUACAUUUGCAACAGAUGUUACUACAGCUCAAGAAUCCUGUCGCUACAACUGUGGGAACCACCUGGGAAGCUGUUCUUGCGACUACUCCUGUCAAUAUGACGGCAACUGUUGCUAUGACUACUACUCUCAGUGUUACAAUACAGCAUCCCCAGAUGUUACUACAGGUCCACCUUGCGGAGGCUCUCUAUCCAUCUCUGGGUCGUUCUCCAGCCCGGGCUACCCUGGCAACUACCACGACAACAGCCACUGCGUGUGGCAGCUGAGAGCAUCGAAUGACCAUAAGAUAUACCUGUCAUUCAUUGACCUCCAGUUGGAGAACUGCUGUUCCUGUGACUACGUAGCCGUCUAUGAUGGACCCAGCGUGAACUCGCAACCUUUGGGGAAAUUGUGCAACAACACGUUGAACUUCUUCCAGUCCUCCUCCACGUACCUCACUGUUCUCUUCCGGACGGACGGCUCAGUGACCGGCCGAGGGUUCAACGCCGAAUUCAAAAGCUCUCUUCCACCAGGCGCAGGUCGAGUGGAGUGUUCUUCAGACAACAUGAACAUUGUGAUUGAGAAGUCCUACCUCGACUCUCUGGGCUACGAUGGCCACAGUCUGUACUUGAAUGACCAGUACUGCAGACCCCAAAUCUCUGCAUUCCAAGUGAUCUUCAGUUUCCCGAUGAAUACUUGUGGCACAGAACAAAAGUUUGAGAGUGGCAGAAUCGUAUAUACGAAUGCGGUGCGCGCCUUUGAGUCCGACUACGGUCUGAUCACGCGUCAGUCCUCCCUCAAGUUGAACGUGGACUGUCACAUGGAGCCGGACACCACAGUCCAGAACCUGUAUAUCGCCCGGGCCGGGGUAAAUGACAGUAUCACGGGCAUGGGCAGAUUCAACGGGACCAUGGCCUUCUACACCUCCAGAAGUUUUACAUAUAUGGUGACCCAGGUUCCAUACAUGGUGACCCUGAACCAGGCCAUGUACGUCCAGGUGAACCUGAGGAGGGACGACAAAGGCCUGGUUCUCUUCCUUGACACGUGUGUGGCUUCGCCCUCGCCCCACGACUUUCAAAACAACGCUUACGACCUUGUCCGCAACGGAUGCGGCGUAGACAGCACCUACCAGGCCUACGACUCGGGCACCAAGAGCUACGCCCGCUUCACCUUCAGGGCCUUCCAGUUCCUGCGGACCCACGAGUCGGUGUACCUGCAGUGCAAGGUGGUGGUCUGCCCCGCCUCCGCCUCCAACUCCCGCUGCCGCCGGGGCUGCAGCAGGCGUAGGGCCCGGGCGCUCAGGGCCUCCGAGGACAGCCACACCCUGGUCCUGGGGCCGCUCACGCUGCAAGACCUGGGGAGCCAGGGUGAAGCGAGUGUGAAGGAGGAGGUGGCGCCCGAGAAGACCAUUGAUAUUUGAUUAAUCAUGGGUUUUCAGCCAUUGUUUCUAAUCAAUUGUACUUCUGCUCUUUGUGUUGUGUUAUCUGCUGUUCGGCCAACACUGUUAAGACUCUCCUUUCAUCUUCAUUCCGAUUAAAAGCAUAUCUAACGACAA